UGGUCUUGUGUGCAUGUGGCGCCCCCUAGUGGACAGUCUGUACAGUCACUGCUACAUGCUGCUCAGUGUCCUUUCAUGUAUAAAUGAUCUUUAAAAUGUUUUCCAGACUCACUGCGUUAACUCUCCGACUGAAGUCUUAUCCGACCGCCUUCAGUGCGCCGAGCUGCAGUUUAUUGGUGGAACAUGACCGACACAACCAGCGCUUUACCGUCACUCCGGGCAGCGGGGCUGCAGGGUCCCGCGACUGUGCGGUACUGCAGUACAGGUUCACCGGGGACAAGGAGGUGGACCUAAUGUCAACCUAUGUACCAGAGACAUUUAGGGGCCAAGGUGUCGCUGCACUGCUGUCACAGGCUGCCAUGGACUUUCUGGUUGAAGAAAACCUUAAGGCUCAUGUCUCCUGUUGGUAUAUAAAGAAGUACAUUGAGGGCCACCCACUACAACAUUAUAAAGAACUUGUCAUCACUUGACUGCAGCCUGUUUGUCCAGUACAGCCUGGGAUGCUACCUCAAAUCAACUACAACCUCAUGCACUUUACCGUACAGGACUACAGAGGCCAAAAGGAGGAUGCAAAGCUCCUUGAGCUGUACAAUCGACAGCAUCUAAAAGUCAUGGUUAUGAAUAGUGAUCGUUUUACUGUGGAUAUUAUACAAAUACCUGCUCAAACUCAAAUUUAGCCACAGAAUAAUUCAGAUUAUUUUUAAAUGGGACACAAAUUUAAUGCCUGGUAAAUAUGAGUAAAGUUAGUGUUGAUUUUAUUUUUUUUGUCAACCUGAAACCAGACAGUUUAUCCUUUUUUUUUUUUUUAUAUCAGAUUGCAUUUUUUUUAAUCUUGUGUCUGUUAUCAGCCUGCCAUAUUUUCUAGUAGUAGUAGUAGUAAUAUUUAUUAAUUAUUCAAUGUUGGGACAAGACAUUGAAAUUUAUAUAAAUAUAUCAAUAUUUAUCAAUGCAUAAUGUUGGGAUAUUGAUAAUGUCUGCACACUUUUUAAGUUUUUAAGCACUUUUUCAAGUUUAGUAAAUGUAAUAUUGAGGGUAAAACUUGCCAAGACCUAUUUGUUGACAAUUAAAACAUGAUCUUUUCUUCACUUAA